AAAAUGUUACAAUAAUAAAAUAUUUUAUUUGUAGGUAAGUAGGAUACCAUCUCAUUCCCUCAGUCGAAUCUGUUGCUCUAAACCCUUCUCUGGCUCUAAACCUAACGGCGCUUGCACCGAUUUGAUUUGAGUUGCUAUUCUCAACCGCGCUGCCAUAAUCAGACAUGGCUGACAAGAAGCGGAAGGAGAGACCCAACGCCAAUCGCGCAAAAAAGAAGUCGAAGAGUUCAGACAUUCGACUCAAGAAGACCGGUCCCCGUUUACCUUCGUCUUUGAAAAAAGAGAUUCAAACUUUAAACCCUAAUAAUGUUGAUAUCGAUGAUGUCGACAGUGAUGUGUACGAAUAUGAAGAAGAUCUGCCUGAAGAAGAGUCAAAGAAGAAUAAGCGAUACGACCCUGUCUCUGUCAAUGACGACCUUGAUUCUGAUUUCGAGGAUGAGGAUGUGCAAUCUGAUGAUGAAAUUGGGGAUGAUGACGAUGAAAAUGCCCUGGACGAUGGUUCUGGAGAAGAAGAUGAUGGGAGACAUGUAAGGAUGCUACAGGGAAUUACUGGUAUGCCAACUGAGACUUUUGAAGGGAAUAAGAAGACGAUGAUGAAGAAUACUGCUGUUCCAGAGCUAUAUCCAGAGUCCGAAUAUAAUCCCAGUCGUGAUGUUCUGGAUGGUGAUGGACACGUUAGCAUUGAGGACCUCCUUAAUUCCCUUCGUGAAAACCCUGAUUAUCACAAACUUCGGAAGAGAAGUCAACAAAUUGAGAAUAAUGCUAGAACUGUUUAUGCACCACUACCAAUGGCAGAUCAAGCAAAGGUAGAUAGGAAGGUAGCAUAUGAAAUAUCGAAGAAACAAGUCACAAAGUGGCAACCCAUUAUUCAGAGAAACAGAGAGGCACCUACUAUAUACUUUGAUGAUCAAAUAAAUCUAGGGUUUUCAACUAUAGGAGCAAUAGCUUCUGAAUUUGAACCCAGAACUGAUUUUGAGAAGAAAAUGGCUGCACUAGUUCAUGAUGACAAAGUUAUGGAAGCUCAUAAGAAUGAUGGUUCUAGGCUUCUUGAGUUGAAUAAGGUUUCUAUAGAAGAUGAGACCGAUCGGCAAAACCGGAUUGCAAAGAUGCGGAGCCUUCUUUUUCGUCAUGAAAUGAAGGCAAAACACGUUAAAAAGAUAAAGUCCAGGACUUAUCAUCGUUUGUUAAAGAAAGAUAGAUUGAAGGCAGAGUCUUCUCAAUUGGAAAUGGAUAAUGAAGCUGCUAAGGAAUAUGCCAUAAAACGAGAUCGCCAGAGGGUGGAGGAGCGCAUGACUCUGAGACACAAAAAUAAUAAGUGGUUUCAGCAUAUUAAGCACCGUGGUUUAGAUAAGCAAGAUGAAGGAACUCUUGCUGCCGUGAAAGAGCUUGGUCAAAUACGUAGUGAGUUGACUAGAAAACAACAUUCUAUGUACAAUAGCAGCAGCAGCAGCGAAGAUACCAGUGACGAUGAUGACGAUGAGAACACCGUUGAUUCUGAUCUGGAUAAGGCUAACAAGCUUCUGAUAAAAGCAAAACAAAAGACGAUGAAAGUGUUGGAGGAAGACGAGGAAAUUCCCCAGUCGGGAUUGCUAUCUUUACCUUUUAUGAGGCGUGGAUUGGAGAAAAGAAGAGCAGAAACUAUUGAGGACGUCAACCUUACUCUUCAAGAAUAUGAAGAUUCCAUGAAGAAGCUGGAGGAUUCUGGUGGCUCAGAGGAUCCAAAAGAUGCAUCUACCAGUGGCAGGAGAGUAUUUGGAAUGGCUAAAGCCAAGACAAUUGAUGCUGGUAAUAAUAAGGUGAAAUUAGAUAAAUUUUAUGACAACAGUGAUAGUGAGGAUGACUUGGAUGCCCGCAAAAGUGGUAACUUUGAGAAUGGGGGAAGUGAUCUAGCACAAACGGACGUCGUCAACAAUUCGGUCUUAAAUCAAGAAGUUGUUGAUACACGCAAACAAUCUGUUUUUAAGAACUUUGAUGAGAUUGUAGAAAACCCUGGGCCGAAAACUACAUAUGAAGUUUCCAUAUUUGCCUCAGAUACAUGGAAAAAGGCAAAAAACAGAAGUGGUAUAGACACAGACAUCAAGAAAUCUCCGAAGUUUACAGAGCCUGUUAGUCACAAUAUAAAGAACACUGAAAAAGAAUUGGAAGAGGAUAGCGAUACAGAUAAUGAAGGACAGAUGGUGGAUGGAAUUUUGACUUCUGCAUCUAAGCCAUCUUAUGAACUUCCAUCUCAAGAGGAGCUCAUUCGACAAGCUUUUGCUGCGGAUGAUGUAGAGAAUGAUUUUGAAAAGGAUAAGCAGGAAAUCCUCAAUGAAGAAAAUCCUGAGCCAGAAAAGCCUCUAUUACUUCCGGGCUGGGGCCAAUGGACUCAUGUACAGCAAAAGAAAGGCUUACCAUCCUGGAUGCUCAAAAAACACGAAGACGACCAGAGAAAAAGGGAAGAAGCUCUCAAGAAGAGAAAGGAUGCUCAGCUAAAAAAUGUGAUCAUCUCCGAGAAACUAAGUAAGAAGGCUGAGAAACUCCAUACAAAAUCGCUGCCUUAUCCUUUUACAUCGAAAGAGGUCUAUGAUCAGAGCAUGCGUAUGCCCAUUGGACCUGAAUUUAACCCAGCUAUUGCAAUUGGAUCUCUUAAUCGACCUGAAGUGGUGAAGAAACCAGGUGUUAUUAUAAAACCAGUGGAGUUUGAGGAAGUGAAUCCUCAUGAUAAACCUGAGCAACGGACUGUUAAGAACAAGUCGAAGAAAGCCAAAGGCAGUGAUAGCAAAGCCAUUAAAAAGUCUAAGGUCAAGGGAAAAAGUUAGUAGGACAGUGAAUUUUGCUAAUGAUCCAGUGUACUUUGGAGGUUGAAAGAAAAAGGAGAAAAACAGAUUUUUGCAGACGGAAGCUUUUGCUGAGGGUGGUAGAUUUUUGCAUCCAAUAGAAAUAAUAGAACAAGGGAGGGGAGCUUGAGCUUCCCUUGUGUAUUAUAGGUAUUCACAUGUUAAAUUGUUAAUUUUUUUUUUUAUGACCAAUGUUAUUUAAUUAAUAUUAUAAGUAUUUUUCUGAAGGUUGUUAUUUGAUUUAUGUUUAACAAAAAUGUUAUUUUA